UGGGAGGGACUGGUUUAUACUGGGAGGGAACUGGGAGGAGAUGGGAGGGGCUGGUUUAUACUGGGAGGCACUGGGAGGGAACUGGGAGGCGCUGGUUUAUACUGGGAGGCACUGGGAGGGAACUGGGAGGGACUGGGUUGUGCAGGGCUAUACUGGGAGGGGAUUGGGUUCUACUGGUCUUUGCUGGUCUGUACUGGUCUAUACUGGUCUGUACUGGUUUAUACUGGUUUGUACUGGUCUAUACUGGGCAGGAGACAGUGGUGAACGCGCUGGGGUUGCUGCUGGCGCUGGUGCUGCUGCCGGUGCUGGAGGGGCGACCAUGCGAGGCCGAGUUCAGGAAGGCGCAGGAGUGCGGCACCCGCGACUACGUCGUCGUCCUGCGGCCCGCACAAGGUUGGGUCGGGGUGGGGUUGCGGGACGGGGCCCCCCCCGAUGCCCCACUGCGAGGCUGCGCCCAGGCCCUGCUCCUGGAGGAGCUCCUGGGUCCCGACCUCCCCCCGGGGGCACCCAUGGGUGCCGCCCUGCGCCCGCUGCAGCAGCGCCUGCGCCGAUGCC